UCCUGCUUGAUUUUUUUUUAUUCAAAAAAUGAAAAAAAGAAAUGGUUAAUUUUAAAAUUAAAAGUUAAUGACAAUUGAAGCUACUUUGUGUUUUGUGGCCUUGAUUAUCCACCUACGAGUUUUAAAAUGUCAUAAAAGUACUUUUGCCAGGGAAGGAUUUAAAUGAUCAAGUCAUGCAAUCAAUUAUCUCAACUCGAAAUUGCGUGUAAAUCUACCAAAGUAAAUGAUGAAUAUUAAUAUUUACAAAAAUCAUUAUAACAAUUAAGUAACUUUAAUAAUGUUUAAAAAGAAAAAAAAAUUUUUUAUUGCAUUAUAUUUUUAAAAAUAUAUUACAUCUUAUUCAUUUAUUGAUUUUAUUUUGUAAUUGAAAUCCUGAUACAAUGAUGCUAUAUGGAAAGAAGACAUAGCCCCACUCUAUGGAACAUUCGAAUUCAGAAGCUCGUUUACUUUCCUUCCAGAGAGGUCUUUAUAACUAUUCAAAGAAAUCCAACAACAGUUGUGUCCUAUCUUGGAACCGAUACAGCACUUUCAUUACCAAACAAUUUUUUUAUACACAGUAAAACAAAAAUAAAAAAAUUUAUAUUAUACAUAAAAUGUUUUACUGUAUUUGCUGGAUGUUUUUUUUAAUGGCAUUGAUUGAAGGGACCAUACUGCCUCAAAAAAUGCUUCAAGAAUUGGAUAAAAAAGCAAAUGAAACAAUGAAUAAAUAUAAAAAUACAGAAGAAUUAAUAUUAAAUUCAAAAAUAAAAUUAAAUCAUGAAUCUCCAUCAUGGUAUCUUGGUGUAUCUCACGAUAUGUCAGAAGAAGCAGGAAAUUUAUCAUUAAAAGCAUUAAGAAGUGAAACAAUGGCAAUAAUGCUUGUUGAAGCAUUAAAAAUGUCACCAAAUGAUGCAUUAACAAUACUACCAUCUAUGUCAUUAUCACAAAAUAUAUGUAAAGAAUCAUUGACCAAUAUCAAAUCACAAUAUAAUUGUAAAAUAAUUGAUAAAAAAUAUCGUACACAUAAUGGCAAAUGUAAUAAUCCAUUUAAUAAAAAUUGGGGUAGUUCAUUAGAAGCAUAUACACGUUUUUUAUCACCUCAAUACCAAGAUGGUGUAUCAUUGCCAAAUAUUAAUCUUCCAAGUUCACGUUUAAUAUCGAAAAAAAUACAUUCUGGAAAUAAUGAUUAUCGACAUCCUUAUUUAAUGGCCAUAACAUCAUUAUUUGGACAAUUUAUAUUUAAUGAUAUAUCACAUACACCAAAAAUAAAAUUAACAAAUGGUGAACGUUUAAAAUGUUGUGAUGUUGAUUAUAAAUAUUUUCAUUCUGAAUGUUUUCCAAUACAGGCAGAUAAUAACAUUGGUUGUAUGGAAUAUUCAAGAUCAGCACCACAUCCUGGAAAUAGUCUGAAAUGUAAAUUAGGGCCAAGAGAACAAAUAAAUCAAGCAACAUCAUAUUUGGAUUUAUCACCAAUUUAUGGAACUAAUGAUAAUAUAUCAAAAAUAUUACGUUUAAAUAAAGCUGGUUUAUUGAAUACACAACACAAUAAAUUACCAAUGGCAUUGAAAAAUUUUGAUUAUUGUCGAAAUAAAAAUAAAGCAUUUCCUUGUUUUUUAAGUGGUGAUACAAGAAUUAAUGAGCAUCCGGGUAUUGCAUUGAUGCAUAUUUUAUUUUUAAGAGAACACAAUAGAGUUGCUGAACAAUUAUCAAAAUUAAAUUCACAUUGGAAUGAUGAAAAAUUGUAUCAGGAAGCAAGAAAAAUUGUUAUUGCUGAGGUUCAGCAUAUCACGUAUAAUGAAUUUCUUCCAGCAGUGUUUGGUGAUAGUAACCUUGACAGAUUCGAUUUGGAACUUGUAAAAUCUGGAUAUUUUACUGGUUAUGAUACGAGAAUUGAUGCAACUGUUUCAAAUGCUGGUGCAUCAGUUGGAUUAUUAUUCAUAGCUGCAUUAACACCAAAAACUCUUGAUCUUAUUGAUUCAGGAUCAUCAUCAAAAUCUGGUGAAAGAAUUUUAUUAUCAUCAUUUUAUGCACCACAAGAACUUUACGAAGCUGGUGCAAUUGAUAGACUUAUUUCUGGUGCAACUGCUGGACACUCAAGACAACCAUUACCACCAAGUUUAAAUGAAGUAUUGCUUGAUCGUUAUUUUCAUGAUGGUAAAACAAGUGAUAACGCUGUUGACUAUGCUGCUCAAUUGAUUCAACAGGGUAGAGAUCAUGGUCUACCGUCAUAUACACAUUGGCGAUCAUUUUGUGAUUUAACAGAGGUCAAAAAUUUUCAUGAUCUUGAAUCAACAAUGAGCAAUGAUACAAUAACACGUAUUGAAAAAGUUUAUCGAAAUGUUGAAGAUAUUGAUCUUGUAACUGGUGCACUCUCGGAAAUUCCAGUUGAAGGAUCAGUCAUGGGACCAACAUUUGCUUGCUUGCUUGGUCAAACAUUCAGAAAUAUUCGUCUUGGUGAUCGUUACUGGUAUGAAAAUGGAUUGACACCUGGAUCAUUUACACUGAAGCAGCUUGAUGAAAUACGUAAAUCAACAAUGGCUAGAAUUUUAUGUAACAAUGGAGACAGACUAAAACGUAUUCAACCAAGAGCGUUUUUACUAAAAGAUCCAUUCUUAAACGAAGUGGCCGAUUGUAAGUCAUACCAAGAUACUGGGAUGAAUUUAACACUUUGGAAAGAACAAUUGUAAAAAAUAGUUAUCGUAUUAAAAUCUAAUAUCCAAAAAUUUCAAAAAGAUUUACAAGUCUCAUAUCGAAAGAAUAAA